AUGUCCUUCAAACGUGAUUCCGGUCGAGAGAGCGCUUUGAAGCAAGUUAAGGACAUUCUUUCCACCUCACCUCAACUAUCAACCUCGCCAAGACGAAAGUCGGCACCCGAUGCAUUCUCUCGAAAACCAUCGCUCAAGGUCGAUCUGCCAUCAGCCACAGAUGACUUUCCAGUUAUGCUAAGGAAAAAGAGCGGUGAGAUAGUCAGGUCUUCCCUUAAAAAAGGAAAAUCAGAACCGACCACUCCCACCUUUCCAAAAUACGUUCACUUCAACACCGACCUCGAACAAAUCAAGUUAUUCGAUGAGUCACAGAAGCCGCAAGCUGUCAGCGCCGACAUAUCAGAAGCCGAGUCCGACGAUGAUGAGCUUGAUUUGAUAUCAGAUACAGAUGGCGAGGAAGAAAGCAUCCUGGGUCGCGUUCAAGUUCAGAAUAUCGCCUUCGAGAAGGUCGUUAACAUCCGGUACACCUUUGAUUCCUGGCAAUCGGUUUCAGAGGUUUCGACUUCGUACGCUGGAAAGGUUCCCAAUAGGAGUUCUGCAAAUAACUUCGAUAUAUUCAUAUUUACCAUAGAAUUGAUCGAUAACUCCAGGAACUCGAUCGACGGGAAGACCCUGUACUUUGCCGUCCACUACCAAGUCAAUGGUUGCGACUAUUGGGAUAACAAUGAUGCUCAAAAUUAUCAAUCGAGUCGAUAUGACAUAAGUUCUUCGUUGCACGCAGCCCAAAGCGCCAGUCGACCGACUUCUUCAUCUGCAAACUUGAGUAAUUCAUAUUACUCCCCAGCAAUAUCAUACGGAAAUGACAGUUUCGGUUCAUUCUUUCCAGGAAAUUACAUCGACGGGAUGCCGGGCACCUUGGAAUCAUCAAACUCAGUUGCUUCCUCAUGGGACGAUUCGAAAGCGAUCAAUUUUCAAUCGUUAAAACCAUCAACACCCAUUGCGAUUCCAACGAAACCUGCUAUCGGAUCGACCCCCUAUUACGAUCUCGUCAAUCAAUACUGCUUCUAUCAGGGUUCACCAUAUGGUGCCGCCUCACCGUACGCUAGCUCACCCCCGGUGAUGACGUAA